CAAUUUUUUUCAAACUUGAGAAAUAGACUCGUUUGGACAGACAACAUUAGCAAGAUGGCGGCAUCGCCAGCGGGAAGUGCUAUGGAUGCUCAGGCUCGAUUCGGCCAUUCAGUGAAGGGGUUGCUGAGCGAGAAGGUAACCAGCUGUGGUACAGAUGUUAUCGCCCUUACCAAACAAGUGCUGAGGGGAUCUCGUAGCGCCGAGUUCCUUGGACAGGCUGCCAGAAAUAUGGUGAUGCAAGAGGAUGCUAUCUUGCACUCUGAAGAUAGUUUAAGGAAAAUGGCCAUUAUAACGACUCAUCUGCAGUAUCAGCAAGAAGCUAUUCAGAGAAAUGUUGAACAGUCUUCGAAUUUGCGUGAUCAACUGAGCCACCUUUUGAAAUGAAAAGAGUGUACAAUACCAAAGAACGGCUGGAAACUGAUGGGGAAAACCAUGUUCCAAGAAUUAUGGAAUCUCAUCUUGCUUCAGCAAUUGCACUAUGAGACUUUUCUUGUCCAAUAUCACAUGCCAGAUGUCCUGAUGGCUGUUAUGUAGCUCAAUGGCAUAUGUAGCUCAUUGCAUAAGGCCCUGACAUGAGAAGAGAGGUUAAUUUCUCAUGGCAAAUGUUUGCUUUCUAAAAGGAUGGUACAUCCUUGUAUUUUAUUUUAUCACAUUUUUUUUCCUUAAACUUGCUAGGAAAUGGCAAAAGUAAUCUUAAAAGAGUAAGCCUGUUAAGUUUAGUGUAUCUUCCUAGAUAUUCUCACUUGUUCCCUAAAUUGUGAUGCAGAAAUGAUGACAAGCAACAACCAUGAAGAUGGAAAUUACUUUCAAAGGAAGAGCUGUGUUUCAAUGGCUGGAUCCCUUUCUCUUUUGGCUUCAUUUUUAGUUAGUGGGAGCUGAGAUUGCCAAGUUCUGCUUGGAUUUCUGGGGGCUUAGUUCAGUUUGAUAUAAAUAGCUUACUAGUUCUCAAAAAAUUCUGCAUGUUUCAUUGUACAAGAACAAUGCACACAGCUAUGGUGAAAAACUCCUUAUGGAAAAUGAAGUACGAAUAUUUUAAUAAAGAAAUUGCUAACAA